AGCCCACUGCAGUUCAUAUCCAACCAGAAAACUGCUAACGCGUGUUUGGACCUGGAGGAGAAUCAGAAGAAGCAGCAGAGGAAGGAAAAAGAGGAGCAGCUUUAUUAGAACCCCCUCUCCAGCAUCUUUAGCUGUCUGGGUCUGACCCUUAACCUUAUGGACUAGAUUCCUCCUCAGGUGAAUUCGUCAGUGUGGGACCCUUUCAUUUUCGGUUUUUAUUUUGUUUUGCUCAUCAAGAUGCAGGCACAGUUGGCGUGUGUGCUUCUCCUCUGUUUCACAUGUGGUGCACUCAAUACAGACGUCGACCAGGAGCAGCGAGCGGUAGAAGAGGAGCUACUCAGCAGUCUCUUCGCCUCCAAGAUGAAACACAAUAAGCAGAGUGCCCCCUACUGGCGCGUGUCGCUGACCAACCUGUGCAGGAUGAUGAGCAGCCUGAGGCAGGAGGCGUGGACCGGCGAGGAGGAGGAAGACGGUGAGCUGAGGGACGAGAGCCUCCAGCUGCUGGGGGAGCUGUACAACCUGCAACACAUCUGCCGAGCGCUGCAGAGCCGGGAGGAGAGGCUACUCCAAGACUCUCUAGAAUACUCAGAGGAGAACAGUGACACCCCGCUGAAACGAAAAUCACCGUACAUACUGAAGAGGCAAGUCGGGCACACCACCAAGUCCCGGAGGCCGUACAUCUUAAAACGGAGUACAGUUUACUGACAGGGUCAGCUCGCAGACCGGAGGUGACGUUUUAGGGGACCAGACCGCAUACCUUCUGUGAUGAUGUGACUGUGUUUUUAAUCUCUCUGUCUUCUCUGUGGCUGCAGUGUUUUUCUUUUUCUUUUCCUGUUUUUAUCCAGUCAGACCCUUUGAUUGUUGAUUGACACUGGGGCUCCUGAAAAUAAAACCCUGAGCAACCUACAGACGCGUAUCUCUGAGAAACUGUAUUUAUUUAAUCGAUUUCUUCACGGCACCAUACGUCUAUUUUGUUUGAGGAUACGAUUAAAUGAGUCAUGGUACAAAACCAGUGUGAUGUGACAA